AUGAAGUGGCUCACGGAACACUUGAACCAGUGCAUGCACGGGCAGAAUGGCCAUUCGCGCUGGAACAAACGCGCCGCGACGAUCUGGAACGAGGACACGGAGAGCGCGCGCAUUCUCCAAGAAGAGAUGCGCCAGUGCGAGCCCGAAGAGGUUGAUGACAGUACGGCAGACAAGGAGGACGACUUUCUCAAGAAAUACGCGCCGCGCCUUGACGCUGCGGCCAUGACCCGCCGCCGGCAGACGUCAUCGUCCCUUGGCAGCCGGCUGGACUGGGACGAAACCUUGAAGCUGGAUGCCAAUGCCAUGGACGUCCAGCCGGCGGCGUCGCGCCUCGCGCCUGGGCUCAUCUCGGUCGCGUCAUGUGACACGGACGAGCCAGAGAGCUUGGCCUUGCAGCUUCUCGACUUUGACGCGGCGACUGCUUCGCAACUUCCGCCGGCGCCCGCGUCGCCGACCACAGGCGCGCUGCAGAAGAAGAACAUGCGCCUGCUCUCACUCCUCCGCAACGUCCGGCGGCUCGAGUCGCAGUACCUCGAGAGUGGCAAGUCGGGGCGCAUGCUGCCGUCGGCCAUCAUCGAGAUGCCAGCGUUCCAGUACUCGACGCCGAAAGCGCCGAGCGGCAACACCAAGUGCUCGAUCUGCCUCCACGACUUUCACGAGGACCAAGAGGUGCGCGCGCUGCCGUGCCUGCACAUGUUUCACUCGUGCUGCAUCGACCAGUGGCUCCUCUCGCAGUCCAAGUGCCCCAUCUGCGUCCUGAGUCCCUAG